ACAAAGUAUAAUUUCGUUUAUAUUUAAAAUAAUGAUGUUUUUAUUUUGAAUAAAAUUGUUUAAUAUGACGUUAAACAACUUGUAUAUGUAGAACUAGAAGAACGCCCGAUCAUUUUUCUUUAUAGUCGAAGGCCUAAUGGUCAAUCUCAAUUUUGUGGACUGGAGUUCAAUCCCCAGCAAAAGACUACAUAAGUUGAAACGUCACCCGCACCGAGGCUGAGUGGGACUCGCUAACUUCAACUCAUCUAAGAGAAAGAAAACCUUCAGUUGAAACCCGUGGAUGACGUCCCUUGAAACGACGAAAAUUCUGGCAACUCCUACGUCGGCACUGUUUUCAGCUGAAAGUGCACCUCUGUGUGCAACAUACACAUUUUAUCAAAUUUUUUGUUCGACAUUUGGCGGAUUUUAAGCUAUUGUGCAAUUUACAAUUAAGGCAACGAGUUAUCCCGUUGAAUGAUGAGAUCUUGCGGCCUAAGUUAAUCAAAUUAUAUGAUAAAUGUAAUCAAAUAAAUAGCACAUGUGUUUUGGGAACCACGUAGGUUAUGACCACUGCUUAAUAUAUGAAUUCAAUGAGGUUGUUUUUUUUUUUUACAGAAACUUUAAAGAUCAAACAAAUGAAAACCAGCAAAAGUGAUGUAUGAUCAUAGAGACGCUAUAAUCAGUCAAGCGAUAAUUUUCUAUUAAAUUCUCUGAGGGAUCAAUUAAAGAUAUAGUUUAUUAUUUAGUAAUUGAAUUUAGUGCUGCUUGACUAGACAUAUCAAAAGGACUAAUCAAUUGAUAUCUACUAUUUAACAAUUAAAAUCAGUGUUGUUUGGCUACAGUAACCUAUAAUGGCUCAAUCGAAUGAGAUCGACUUGCUUCUCAUCGGCAAAACUGGGAAUGGAAAGAGUUCAACGGGAAAUACGAUCCUCGGUCGUAAAGCUUUUAAAGCCGGUGGCAGUGCAAUGUCAGUGACUCAGUGCAUCGCCUGUGAUUUCAGUUUAGUCAGCGGUCGUGUAAUCACGGUCGUUGAUUCACCAGGCAUAGGAGACACCCGAUACAUUUGCGAAAAAGAAGUCGAACUGGUCAACAACGCCAUGGAAAAAGCAAUAGCCAUCAACCCAGAAGGCUAUCACGCAUUUAUUCUGGUAUUAAAGUACGGCCAACGGUUUACUGGAGAGGAACAGAACACAAUCAAGUUCCUGGAGUCAAUUUUCGGGGACUCUUUUGUUAAGGAAUUCUGUGUGAUCGUGAUGACUGGAGGGGACAUGUUUGACAAGGAUGAGACCGGUCUUACUUUUCAAAAAUGGUGCAAGUCGCAGACUGGGGCCUUUCAAUACCUACUUGGACAGUGUAGAAACAGAAUUGUGCUAUUCAACAACAAAAACGAGGAUAAAGGCAUCAAAGAAAGGCAGGUCGAAACGCUUAUCUCCAUAGUGGACCAGAUAUGGUCGAAGGGAAAGCGGUAUACGGACGAGAACUUUGAAAAAGCCAGGGUCUUUCGAACACGCUACAUGGUGCAGGCUAGUGCCUCAAUAGUGCGAGAUGAUGUCAUGAGAGAAACCGGUCUGAUCAUACAACAGCUCGAACAUCUUCUAUUUUAUAACGUCAAAGAUCACGAUGUUGAGGAUUUAAAGGCGCUGUUAGCUCGAACUGAAGCCUUACGCGAUGGCCUUUAUCUAAAAGAUAAAGCCACCGGGGUGCUCCUCGAUCACAUCAAGAUGGUCAAAUCUAUUAAGGAGACCAUAUGGUCUAUUAUUAAAUACACCACUGUUGUAAAUGCGAAAGAUAAGGAGCUAGGGAGUGACGAGCAUAGUGACACAAAAAGAAAUCGAGAGAUGGAAAAAAUGGAGAGAGAUUUAAAGAAAUGUAUACAUGAAAAACAGCUCAAACAGAGCCGCAAAGUAGAGAAAGUGACGAAGUGGUACAGAGAAGUGAAACAGAGAAAUGACAAAACAAUUUUGAGCAACGUUGUCAAGGGAAUACUUUGGCCAUUUAAACAACUUGCGAGAGUUUUUCUCAAAAAGGCCGCAGACCCGACAGAAUGAACUCAGUAUUUAUAGACACUAAUCAAAGAAUGUGAUGUCUUUCAGGCGCUUAGAGGAGCUUAGGGAGGUUUAUUUAUAAUUUUUUUUUUAAAGUGGUGUGCUGAACGUCUCAAGAAAUGUGAACUAUAGUGUAACCCGCAGGCCUAACUAAAUUAAUAAAAAUCAGUUUGUGCUGUUUGUUUACAGAACCGAAUCUUUCCAAAAAAAAAUAAUUUUACCGAAAUAUAUCAUAUCCAUUUCUAUAUAAAUAGUUAUUUGAGGAAACCAGAGAUGCCCGUAUGUGAGUCAUUGCACAGAAGCCUCAGUCAAAUAAACGGGCAUAUGCCGCAGCUAAAAAAGGAGAUUCCCCAUGGCGUAAAAUUAUACACUAAAAAAUGGAGAAACCAUACAAAGGAAAUACAAUGGGAUAAAAACAUAUAGAUAAAAACCUAUAUAUAUAUAAAAAUGUAUGUUAACAAAAUAUAAAUAUGAUUUAUAAAGUAUUUGUUUUAUUUAAAUAUCCAGAUAUUUUAUAACUAAAUGUUUUAAAUAAUAAAUCCAUGGCUAUUUAUUGUCUUUUUGUAAUUACACUUUCACGUCAUCUUAAGCACUAGAGGUUUUGCAUUCAUUGACUUACAGCAAAGUCCCAAAUUAAGUCAAUUCAGAAUCGACCAUAUAUAUCCAGAAAUUUUCCCCCACAAAAAAAACAUAAGACCUACAAUUCCAUCAAUUUUCUAAGAUGCAAAGUUAUGCAGUUUCGUUUCUUCUGAUCAGAUUUCAUUAUAAGAAUUUUGCACCAAAUACACCAGAUGUCAAUAUUUGAAACUUUGAGAUAGACACAACAAGUAUGCAGUAUCAUACCAUCUCAACCUAUGGUUACAAACUGCGGAUGGCCCCUCAGAAAUUUUAAAAAAAAAAAAAGACUGAGAAUAUGUGGUCUGAUUUAUAAAUGGCAAAAAGCUUCAACAUCAAGUAAUCUUGUUCUAUUUUCAAAGUUUUAAUGAUUUAUAAUAUUUCAAACAUUACAAUGAAAUUCUAUCAUCUUUCAUGCUCAGUUAGAAUCCAUCAUGUAUUUUAGACGCAAACAAUUAGAAUAACGUUGAAACAAAAUAUAUACAAUGAAAACUAAAAAUUAACAAAUAAAAAAAAAAGAUAGUUAUGCGGACAACUUGCCAGUUUGUAAUUUAUAUUUAAUAAAUUAUAUAGUCAUUUUUUAAUUAUAAUUUAAUUGUUUACAUCGGACAUUUGAAGUAUGAAGAGUAAAUGUGUAAAGUCAUAAUUUUUUAAAAUGUUUAAAUUCAUGUGUUACCGAAUGAAAUAAUAUACGUGGCCUUUUAUGAUUUAAAAAUGUAUUGAUGACAAUUGAGGUACAUGUGUAUUGAACUUCAUCAUAAUUUAGAAAAAUGCAAUUUUUUGAAGCAAAAUGGAGGUAGA